AACCAGCCACUCAUCGCCUGCAGCGUAGUAGGAGAGAAAGAUCAAGUCCCAAAGAAGAGAGUUAACUCUAACGGGAAAGGAAGCCCGGAUGGAAAAAAGUGACAGAGAUACCAUCGACAACGGUUUGCCGAGAGCACAGACUCAGAGGAGGACAUGUAGAGACGGAGGGAGGAAAAAGCAAGGACAAGAAGGUCGUCUUCACUAGGAAUAGUGAAAAAAGUAAACAUGAAGGUGACCUGUGUCGUUGCCCCUGCUGUUGUCGUCGCUGCAUGCUCAGUGGGAAUAGCAAUCUACUAUGCGUUGAAAUGCCGCUAUGAAGAUUUCGAGUGUUUGAACUGCAUGAACGCUUCUUGUGAUGGACAGACUAAGGUUUGCCUUCAAGGCUGUACAGCUGGGUGGCAAGGGACCAAGUGCUUGGAAGCAUGUCCUUUUGGUUCAUAUGGAGCAUCGUGUACGCAGUCAUGUGGUCGCUGUAAAAGUCAGGCCACUUGCAACCCCAUGACUGGAGUCUGCUUAGACGGUUGUGAGAACGGCUAUCGGGGACCUCGCUGUAAUGAAAGCUGUUCACCAGGUUCCUACGGCGCUGCAUGCAACUUGACUUGUGGCCAUUGUAGGGAGGGCACACACUGUGACCCUGUUACAGGGCAAGUGUCCAAGCAACAAAGUUUUAACGGACAGAACCUCAGUGAAUCCAUGGCAGUAGGAGAAAGAACAGGGCUUCUGCCGGAAAGGGAGGAAGCAGCGACAAUAACAUCGAGGUUUGAGCAAAUUCCGAAAACACAUGUAAACAAAAAAUUCAUUAUUGCUCUUCUCGCUGCUGCGUUGAUAGUAUGCGUUGCAACGAUAGUCUACAUGUGGCCUAAGCAAGGUCGCCAGGAAGGUCUUGAGUGUGAAAACUGCAGGAACCAGUCUUGCGAUGCUCAAACCAAGCUUUGCCUCCAAGGCUGCAACGAUGGGUGGCAGGGGAGCAAAUGCACGGAAGAGUGUCCACCUGGUAGCUAUGGUUCAGAGUGCAAACAGCCAUGUGGAAAUUGCAAAUGGGGAGACACUUGCGACCACGUGACAGGAAGAUGUCCAUACGGCUGUGCAGAUGGGUAUCGACAAGUGUAUUGUAAUGAAGAAUGCUUUGCCGGCUCAUAUGGCCCCGAUUGCAGCAAGGAAUGUGGACAUUGCAAAAACAUGGGUACUUGUAACUACAUCUCUGGAAUAUGUCCAUUCGGGUGUGAGGAUGGGUAUCAGACUGACCGCUGUAACACAGCUUGUUAUCCCGGUACAUAUGGUUCUGGCUGCUCACAGGUGUGCGGCCACUGCAAAGAUGGAGCUGCUGGUAAUUAUGUAACAGGAGUCUGUCCCGAUGGCUGCGAGGAUGGUUAUAACACCGACUAUUGUACAAAGGACGCGGGUAUCAUUGUGUCAGGCUCUAUUGUAGUUGCCUGUGUGGCAGUCGCUGCAUGCAGUGCUAUCUGGAUUUGUUGACACUGAUCAUUCUUUCUUGAGGAAUAAUACAAGUAUAUAUUUAUGGAGAUUCAUAUGUUAGCACAUGUACAUUGUAGAUUUAUUCUUUGCAUAGGAAACUAACAUAAUAAAUGGAUUAAAUGGAUGAAAAUUUCUGUCAUUGCUGAAAAUCAACCACCAGAAAAUCUGCAUUGGUUUAGUUUGCUUACAUGAUUAAUACAUCAGAAAAUAGAUUACUUCUAAGAAAAGGAACUUAUCUAUCUGCGACGAAAGAAUUUUCUUAAAGUAUCUGCAGUCAGUAGAAAAGAAAAUAAAGUACACACAGAGAAAUUUAUAGAAUGUGUUUGUUCUAAUUAUGAUCUUUUAUUUCUUUUUAACUAUUGAACUUUUUAAAUAUUGAAUGUACUAAAACAAAUUAAACACAAUCUGCUAAACUAUU